GCUUAUAGUUUGGAGCAAUACGUUACACAAGAGUUUACAAAACUGCACCUGUUUCUACAUAACAGGGAAGAAAAACUGCUCCAACAGCUUAAACAUCAAGAAGCAACCUGUCUGAAACAGAUGGCGGAAAACCUUGAAUGUACAAAUAAUGAUGUUUUGGCCAUGCAUAUGGCAGUAUCUGAUGCCAACUGGAAGAGCAGGAAAGAAGUAACAGCAACUCUGGAAGAGAUGGAGAAAAAUGCUGAAUACCUUAAAAAUUAUGUUAUGGGCACACGUGAAGCAGUGCUGCAUUAUAAGUCAAAGUCUGGAAAACAAGAAGUUAUUGGUCUUCUGACGGUUCCAGAAACCUUUGAGGAUGUCGCUGUCACUUUCUCAGAAGAAGAAUGGCAAAAGUUAAAAAAACAAGAGAAGGAACUUCACAGGGAAGUGAUGGUACAGAACUAUGAAACCUUGAUCUCAGUAGGUUACAAAAUCCCGCCAGAGAAGUUAUUACUGCUAAUUAAAGAAGAUCGUGAUAAACUUCAAAAGAAUGAUGUGGAUAGGAACACUGCCACAAAACUGAAGGUUAAUACAAAAGACAAACUCAACAGUGUCAAGCUCUCAGAGUACAGUGCGAGUUUCGGUCAGCAGCUAGCACUUGGGCCACAACUACAUCAACCUUCUGAGAACCUGCAGCAGUGUGCUCAGCCUGUGAAGGACUGCAAUAUACUUCAUCUUUGUACUGCAGCACAGCUGCAGUCUGGGAAGAACUGUGGCAAGAUCCCUGGAUGUGACAAUGGACCACCUCAAUUACAGCAUCCAGCAGAAAACAUACACCAGCAUACUCUGCCUGGCCAUGGCUCUGACAAGCUUCAUCUCACUCCUGCUCCUGUACCACACCCUCACUCAGUACAGAACUGCAGCAAGAGCUCCCAAUGUGACAUGAGUUUUGUUGUACAGCAAAGUCCAGUACCACCUCCGCAGUCUCAUACAGUGGAGAAACCAUAUAAAUGCACUCAGUGCAGUAAGUGUUUUUCACAGAGCAGUUAUCUGAUCCGCCAUAAGGCCAUUCAUAUAGGUUACAAGCCAUAUAAAUGUGCUGAAUGCAGUAAGUGUUUUUCACACAGCAGCUACUUGCUACGGCAUCAAGCCAUUCAUACAGGUGAGAAACCGUACAAAUGUACCAAGUGCAGUAAGUGUUUUUCACAGAGCAGUACUCUCUUACACCACCAAGCGAUACACACUGGACAGAAACCAUAUAAAUGUUCUGAAUGCAGUAAGUGUUUUAUACGAAAGGGUGCGCUAGUAUAUCAUCAAAAGACUCACACGGGGGUGAAACCGCACAAAUGUACUGAAUGUAGUAAGAGCUUCACACAUAAGGGUAAUUUGUUAGCGCAUCAAAAGACUCACAUGGGGGAGAAAACAUACAAGUGUCCCGAAUGCAAUAAGUGUUAUAGAGGCAAGAGUGGUCUCCUCUACCAUCAGAAAACACAUGAAGGUGAAAAACCAUACAAAUGUGAUGUAUGUUCUCGGAGUUUCAUACAGAAGAGUAGACUGCUAGAACAUCAAAAUAGUCACGUGGGGGAAAAACCAUACAAAUGUCCUGACUGUGGUAAGUCUUAUACAGGAAGGAGUGCCUUCUUAUAUCAUCAAAAGACGCACACAGGAGUGAAACCAUACAUAUGUACCGAAUGCAGUAAGCAGUUUAUGUAUCACAGUCAUCUCAUACAACAUCAGGCCAUUCAUAGAAAAAAGUCUAACAUGAAGGAAAGGCCAUAUAAAUGCCCUGAAUGCACUAAGUGUUAUAGACAAAAAAAAGGUCUCCUAUACCAUCAAAAGAGUCAUUUGGAGGAAAAACCACAUAAAUGUGCUGACUGCAGUAAGUGUUUCACAUUACAAAGUACCCUUACAGCUCAUCAGUUGUGGGCACAUGGUGGUGGCGGUGAAAUAUCAGAAAUUAUGAAAGAUAUGGCAGUAAACCUUGACUGCAUUAGAACUGAUGCUGUGCCCAUCCAUGUGACUGUGACCGAUGCCAACUUGGAGUGCAAGAAGGAAUUUGUAGAGACCCUGAAAGAGAUAGUAGAAAAUGAUGUAUACUUUAAAAACUAUGUUAUGGGCAAUUGUAAUGCAGUGUUGGGUUGUAAGUCAGAGCCUGGAAAAUGGGAAACUGUUGGCUCUCUACCGAUUCCAGAAACCUUUGAGGAUGUUGCCAUCAUUUUCUCAGAAGAAGAAUGGAAAAUGUUAAGAAAACAAGACAAGGAGCUUCACAGGGAAGUGAUGGUGCAGAACUAUGAAGCAAUGGUUUCAGUAGGUUACAAAAUUCCAGUAGAGAAACUGUUACUGCUACUUAAGGAUUAUCCUGAACUACUAAAGGGUGAUAAAAGGAGGAAAGCUGCAGCAGGCCAGAAGGAUAGUCUUGCUGGUAUCAGAUGCACAGAUGGCAUUGUGAGUUGCAUUCAGCAGCCAUCAUUUGGAACUUCCUUGUUACAUCACUCAACAGAGAAUCCUCAGCUGUGUACGAAGUUUGAGAGGGUCUCCAGCAGUGUUCAUUCUUCCCCUGUAACACAGCAUCACUCAGGACAGAACUACAGCAAGACCUCUGAACAUGCCACAGGUUUUAUGGUACCGCAAGGUGCAGUCGUACUUAAGAAAUCUCACACAGAAGAUAAAGAGAAGUCAUUCAAGUGUGAUGAAUGCAGUAAGUGUUUUUCACGGUACGGUAAUCUUGUGCAGCAUCACGCCAUUCACAGAGGGGAGAAACCAUAUAAAUGUGCUGAAUGCAAUAAGUGUUUCACAGUAAGAAGUACGCUUACAGCUCACCAACGUGUCCACACAGGGGAAAAGCCAUAUAAAUGCACUGAAUGCAACAAGUGUUUUUCACGAAAAAGUAAUUUGAUGUGCCAUCAAGCCAUUCACACAGGAGAGAAACGACAUAAAUGUGAUGUGUGCAGUAAAAGUUUCAUACAAAAAAGUGUUCUCUUAAAGCAUCAAAAGAUGCACACUGGGGAGAAACCGUAUAAAUGUGUCGAGUGCGGUAAAUGUUUCUUGCAAAAGAGUGAUUUACAAGAACACCAAAAGACUCACUCACAGGAGAAACCGUACAAGUGUAUUGAAUGUGGCAAGUGUUAUAGAGGAAAGAAAGGCCUCCUGUAUCACAGAAAGACUCACACGGGGGAGAAACCGUUUAAAUGUACAGAAUGCGAUAAGUGUUUCAUAGAACAAACUACGCUUAGAGCUCACCAAAGAGUUCACACAGGUGAAAAGCCAUUUAAAUGCCCAGAGUGCAAUAAGUGUUUUUCCCGCAGCAGUAAUUUGGUGCACCAUCAGACUAUUCACAGAGAGGAAAAGCCAUUUAAAUGUGCUGAAUGCGGUAAGACUUUCACAGUACAAAGUAGCCUUCGAGCGCACCAAAGGGUUCACACAGGAGAGAAACCAUUUAAAUGCAAUGAAUGCGGUAAGUGUUUUUCACAGAAUGGUAAUCUAAAGCAGCAUCAGUUCUGGGUACACUGCAGAUGAUGAGAAGCAGCGUCAGUUCUGGGUACACUGCAGAUGAUGAGAAGCAGCGUCAGUUCUGGGUACAGUGCAGAUGAUGAGAAGCAGCGUCAGUUCUGGGUACAGUGCAGAUGGCGAGAAGAAGAUCUUUUGCAAACAGCAAAGCUUGAAGCAGAACUGAUUUUAUGAACUUUAACUAUACCCUGUUUUAGAAAAUUGAUCCAUUCCUGUCACAUAAUAUAUAAUCAGAAAAAUAAAUAAAAAUGAAAAAAAAAAUA